AUGGACGGGAGCGCCCUUCCGCCAUACAGCGAUGAUCGGGAUGCCGCUCGUGCGGACUUGAAGCAGAAGUUCGCAGCACUGGUGCACGACCAGAGAGACAUACAGGAGAUAUUCAGGUCUAUCGCGAUAGAGUUGCGUGCUACGCCGGAGAUUGGAGACAGACAUCCGCUGGUCCAGGAAUGGGAAGCUUUGCGAGAGAGGCAUAAGCACACCUACAACAAGUCCCGGCAUAGUGCUUCGUGGUGUGCGCGGUAUCUUGAGAACUUUGCAAAGACCCUGAUUCCUCUCUCAAUAUCCAGAGAUAUGCCUGAAAAGAAGGAGAUGAUCAAGCUGUUUCUCGAAGCCAUCGGGGCGCACAUGGAGGCCGCUAAGGAAAAUAUGGAGAGCUUUAGUGAGCUUGCGCGAGACGUCGAAGCUUUCCCCCACAGGGUCGCGAGUGCCGUCAGGGCGGCGAACUCUCCUUGGACGGGGUCGUCCGGCUUCUUUGUGAAGAUUGAAGAAUGGGUUGAACAACUGUGGAACAGCAUCUGGCAGAUGAUUGCAGGGCUUUUCUCGAAGUUGGCGCACGUACUGGAUGCGGCUCUCGCGCGUUUGCAGAGGAUCAGCAUAUCGUUUUGCGGAGCUUCAGUGGAUUUUUGGUUCCAGCGCGACUAUGAAUACAUCAGGCAAGACCUGAUCGAGAAGCAACGAGAACGCGAGAUCCAGGACAACUUCAAUAUUUUACACGACAAGCUAUCUGGAUUCGAGGGCGCAUGGCAUAUGGUGCACGUCAAGUGCUCUCAGCUUUUAGCAGAUCUCGAGCUCGCGCAAAGCUUUACGGAGACGAAUGUGCCACGCGCCGUCGACACUAACCUGGCGGCAGCGGCAGCGGCGGCAUUGGACGACUCUCUCAUUGAAUGUCUGAAGGCGUAUUCUAAGGGGGAGUCUCCUAUCUCUUCCUAACGAACGUGGAUUCGCACCAGCCUCAUUAGCUUGUAUUACCUGUUUCGUCUGCUCUUGAGCGCCUUCGCAUGCGAUGUUGAUAACUCCAUGUUCCAUAUGUUCAUUAGACUUUGUAGCCCGUACCAUUUAAUAGGCCGCUGUAGCAUACCACUGCGGUGAAUGUUUAACGAUAUUCG